AUGGCCGGAAAUAAUGCACCACCCGAAACAACUGGAUACACUGGGUUUUUUUAUGGUACUCUGAUGGCGGUUCCUAUUCUUUUCCGCGUGGUUUAUGGUACAACAUCACCCGAAGCCUGGCAGGUGGCCUCACUUCGCGUCCGUCCUGCGAUUCUUCACUCUUACUGCCGUUAUAAAGUCCGCUUCGUCGAUUAUCCCGCCAUCAUCCCAGAAAACGGCAAGGAAGUCCAAGGGACCUAUGUCGAGGGCCUCACGGAAGGUGAUAUUUUUCGUCUUGACAGAUUUGAAGGGGGGGAUUAUAGCCGUAAAAGAGUCCAGGUCAAUGUUCUCGAGAGUAAUGGGGAGGAGGGUGAGAAUGUUGAGACAGAGACAUAUGUUUGGACUGUAGGAGAAGAGAGGCUUGAGAUGGAAGAAUGGGAUUUCUGUAAAUUCGUGGAAACAAAAUUGGCACGAUGGGCGGAUUCUACAGUUGAGUACACCGAAGUCGACGAAGCCGACUCGCUUAGGGCACAAUCACAGAAACGAGCCGCGAAUGCAGGUACAUUAGAAAGAGAUCAACUUAAGGAAAGCGAAAAGGAAGUGAACGCGGAGGAGAUAAGAAGCGCCGUGUGA